UUCAUUUUGCAGAGUUAACUUGAGUUAAAUCUACUUUCAUCUCUGCUAGGAGAAAUGGCUGCUGCUUCUGAUCAUCUUCAGAAGAAUGUCUGUGUGAAACAAGUGAAGCAAGAGGUGUUUGAUGAGUGGGGUGAGAGCAUGCCGUUACCAGGAGACAUCAUUGAAGGAUUCUCCGAACGCGAUGAUGCUGAUGCUGGUGAUUCCUUUUCGCCAGUUAAGACCAGUUCAGAGUUUAGUUCUCAGCUUGGCAAGAUUAAUCCUAAGGUGGAGUUUAUAUGGAUAAAGGUUAGAAGGGGUGAUACUUCUCUGAUACUUCAGACACGUAUUGUGCAAGAGAAAGGCUCUUUACUCAAAAGGAAGUAUACCAUUCAAGCUGCAACAGAUCACAGACAUGUUGCAGAUUUAGAGGACCUCACAUUAAAGCAGUGCACUGAACUGCAGGAAAUGAGCAGAAGAGCAGUAAACAUGCAAGGAAGGGGAUUCAGCAGAACUGGGAUAAAAUAUGACUGGAAGAUGAAAGUAGGCACAUAUCUACCUGACCAAUGCUGUUCAGUGGUGACCUCCAUCCUGUUUAUGCCACUAGCUAGUGAGCACUGCAUCAAUACUACAACUGCUAGGUGCAUGGCUUGGUUUAGUGCAGCAAUUUCUUCUGGGGUCCCUCUAGUUUUUGUCAAUAUCCAAACAGAACAAAUUCCAUCCAUGGAGAAGACUGAUUUCCCAACAAAGGAAACACGAAGGUGCAGGCAGCAAAUCCAUAAUUAUACCCCCCAAAUAAUGCAUGGUAUAAGGUUGUGGUUUCUACCUGGAGUAGCAGAAAUUCCAAUAGAAUUGAUCCCUCAAUCCAGCGAAGUGCGAUUUGGAAUGGAAAUCAAAAGAACUGAUGAGGGCUUUAUGUGCAUCUCUUCAGUGAUGACAGAUUCAUCAGCGGAUCGUGCCGGGUUAAGAGAACUCCAUGAAGAAGCAUCUGCAAAUGGAUUCCUUCUUGUGAUUUCUCGGUUGGAAGGGAAGAGCACAAUGCCAACUAGUGUGUGCUCUUCUGGUCUUGUACAUUGUUGUGACCAUGCUGAGAUUAAGGACAGCCUCACUUCAGCAAUAGACCAAUAUGAGAUGAUUCAGCUGCAUGUCAUGGCCUGGCCAAACCAAACACAUCCCUCUCCAAGUAAAGUUGUUGGCUUUGCAGCCCUGCUACCUCCACAGGGAUCAUUCCCCACUGAAGACUAAACAUGUAUAGAAACUCUUGCAGACAAGUAAAUUCACAAACUUAUAGCAUGUUUGGAUCAAUUGCUUUCUUUUCAGAAUCAAUUCUGAAACCCCAGAAGCUACUUCUCAUAAUUGAUAAUUGUAUUCCAAACAUGCAUGUACUCAAUACUGCAGAAAGAAGAAUCGAGAGUACAUUUUCUCUAAAACUUCAAGUCAGUAUGAUGAAUCUGUAUCUUAAAAUUAAUUAAUAUUGCCAUAGA